GUCAUUUUCAAAUUUCAAUACUCAAAGCCCUAAAACCCCACCAAAUUUCGGAAACCUCUAAUCCUUCCAUUCGGAGAAGAGAACCAUCAUGUCUACAUAUCUAUGGAGGAAAUAUUCAGAACAUGUGUAUUCGAAAUGGGAGAAGACGCUUUUGUGGGAUAUGAUUGAUCCAUAUAGAAGACCUAAAUCGUUUAAACCACUUAUUAUGAUUUAUGUUGCUGCAUUUUAUACUGGAGUUAUUGGUUCUGCAAUCACUGAACAACUUUACAAGGAGAAAUAUUGGGAAGAGCAUCCAGGAGAAGCAGUUCCUCUCAUGCAGCCAAAGUUCUACUAUGGUCCUUGGAAGGUACAUAGGGAAGACCACAUGCCUAAACAAUAAAGUGAAUUUGAAAUAUACAGAUGCAUGCUACCAAAGUCUCACAUUAGCAUUUCAUUUCUAAAUGUGCUUGUAAAUUCAGAGUUUGAAAGGGUCUGUCAGAUCAAUUGCCGAGCAUUAAAGUUUUAUUUCAUAUUUAAAUGUGUAUUGUAUGUAUGUAGGAAAUACAUGACCUCGACAAUCUAGAUAAAACCCAGCCUUCCAUCUCUGAACCAUACUCUUCUUUUAAUGUUUGGAAUGUCAGUGUAACUAUUAGCAAACAGUGUUCUGGUUUCUCUUUCCUUACUGGAAGAUGAUCCCACAGUUAAAUGUCCUAUGGGGUAUACUUUCAAUAAUGUUGAUAUUGAAUAUGCCGGACCACAUACCAAGCUAA